CUGAGACAGGUGGGGUGAUUUUUUUUUUGUCUGGCGGGACGGUAACUUAACCGAAAAAUGGUUGGAAAACUCAAACAGAAUUUGUUGCUGGCAUGUUUGGUCAUCAGUUCGGUGACCGUCUUCUAUUUGGGGCAACAUGCCAUGGAGUGCCACCAUCGGAUCGAGGAACGAAGUCAGCCCACCCGGCCGGAGUACUUGAGGGCCACGUCCCGAUCUGGCCUCAGUUCGAAAGAAAACACGACCUUCGCUUAUCACAAAGACAUGCCUUUAAUAUUUAUUGGUGGGGUGCCCCGAAGCGGCACCACCUUGAUGCGGGCGAUGCUGGACGCCCACCCGGACAUCCGCUGUGGGGAAGAGACCCGAGUGAUCCCUCGCAUCCUGGCGGUCAAACAGAUGUGGGCCCGGUCGAGCAAGGAGAAGAUCCGUCUUGACGAAGCGGGCGUCACGGAUGAGGUUUUGGACUCGGCCAUGCAGGCCUUCCUGCUGGAGAUUAUUGUGAAGCACGGGGAGCCAGCCCCUUACCUGUGCAACAAGGACCCCUUUGCCCUCAAGUCCCUAACUUAUCUCGCCCGGAUUUUCCCCAACGCCAAGUUUCUUUUGAUGGUGCGGGACGGCCGGGCGUCCGUCCACUCCAUGAUCUCCCGGAAGGUCACCAUUGCCGGGUUUGACCUCAACAGCUACAGGGACUGCUUGACCAAGUGGAAUCGGGCUAUCGAGACCAUGUACAACCAGUGCGUGGAGGCCGGGUCGGACCGAUGCAUGAUGGUUCAUUACGAGCAGCUCGUCUUGCACCCGGAGAGGUGGAUGAGGAGUCUGCUGAGGUUCCUCCGCAUCCCGUGGAAUCCUGCUGUCCUGCAUCAUGAAGAGAUGAUUGGGAAGGCUGGUGGUGUAUCUCUUUCCAAAGUGGAAAGGUCCACAGAUCAAGUCAUCAAGCCAGUCAACGUAGAGGCCCUGUCGAAGUGGGUUGGGAAAAUCCCAUCUGACGUUCUUCAGGACAUGCCCGUCAUCGCCCCGAUGCUGGGGAAACUCGGCUAUGAUCCCUAUGCCAACCCGCCAAAUUAUGGGAAGCCGGAUCAGAAAGUUCUUGAAAACACCAGAAGGGUUUAUAAAGGUGAAUUCCAACUUCCUGACUUCCUCAAAGAAAUGCCACAGCCCAAGAAGAGAGUAGAGAGGAGGUCCCGUGUCAAGAUAAAAUGAACAAGGAACUCCCCAAGUAGGGUAGCUCGUGGUGUCUGUCGCACGUUUU